GCUGGUUCAAACAGGGAUUGUUGUUUUUUAAUUGACCGAGUGUUCCUACCCGCAGCUUUGUCCCUGUGGUUCACCUUAGUCCCAGACGCGAAAAACUUCCGUUUGUAGUUUGAAAUCCACGCCAGUCCACCGUGCUGUUAAACUUGGCACAGGUGCUCCAUCUGAGCUGCGAAAUGUGCUUACUGAAGCUCGAGGCCUACAUGUCCCGAGUGGGUGGAUGCGCGCGGAAAUAAUGUGUUAGACUGUUGGAUGAGCAGGAGUAACGUUAAAGGGAAAACUGGUGUUGCUGAGUAUAGCGGGAUUCAACAUACUCCAUAAGACAGUAAAAUGCAACCAAUGACUAUGGACGCCAAGUUACCACAUACACCAAGAUUACACUGUGGAAAUUAGGCGAUUUGUCAUCCGAUAUCUAGGCAUUCCCAAACAGCUCAUUUACCAUGUCUAAGGUUGCCGUCAAGAAACUGCACUGGCGCUCCAAGGUGCAGGAGAGCUUCGUCCCUCUGGGCGGUGCCUCCGGGGAGCUGGGUGUGGCCAUUGGGGGCGGAGCCGACUACGGAGAGUUCCCAUUCGUCACUGCGGCCCCUGGGGGCGGGGCCACAGUGGGUGACGUCAUCCUUGAGAUCGGAGGAACGCCCGUCCUGGGAAUGACCCUGGGGGACGUCAGGGGCGUUCUCAAUUCCUGCCCCCACCCCAUCCGCAUCAAGACCGUCUCACCAGGCUCUACACUGUGUAAAGAUCUCAGGUUGUACCUGAGUAAGUGCUUCACCCCCGGCUCCAUGGACAGUCAGCUGCAGCAGGUGAUCCGGGAGAACCUCUACCUGCGCGCCGUCCCCUGCACCACCAGGCAGCCGCGGGACGGGGAGAUCUCUGGGGUGGACUACAACUUUGUCUCCAUCGAGGAGUUCUUCUCCCUGGAGGAGUCUGGAGCCCUGCUGGAGAGCGGCAAGUUCAAGGGGAACUACUAUGGCACCCCACGGCCGGUGCACAUUGGCCCCGACAGCCCCCCCAUCACCUACCAGGAGCACCGCAACCUGCUGCGAAACUUCCGCACCCGGAGCAAGUCGCUAAGCAACCUGGAGAAGGCAGCGGAGGAGGGGGAGAACAGCGAGGAAGACUCCGGCCUCUCAGGUGGUUCUGUGGGGGCCAGCAGUGCCCCUCCCCCAACGCUCUCCCCCAGCCAGUCCCGCGACUCCAGUGGGGGGGACGGCAGUGCCUUGGAGAAUGGGGGGAGCAGCAACGGUGGGAGAGGGGGGCUCCCCGAAAACUGGGAACUGGCCUUCAGCGAGUCAGGGGAGCCAUACUACAUUGAUCACAACUCAAAGACCACCAGCUGGCUGGACCCGCGAACUCAGAGCAGGGAGGCUGUCAGCAAGACAGAGUUGCCAGCGUUCACAGACCAGCCCAGCGAGCUGAAGGGGUACUCCAUACACACGCGGCUCUCUAAGGGACCUCGCGGCUUUGGAUUCAACAUCGUAGGGGGCAGCAGGCCCCGGGAGUUCCUGCAGGUGUACAGUGUCACCCCAGGGGGUCCCCCUGCACUCAACACAGCGGACAUCCUGGUCUAUAUCAAUGACGCCUGUGUCCUGGGGAUGUCCCAUAAGGAGGUGGUGGAGAUGCUCAAGUCCGUCCCCGUGGGGCACAGCGUGGACGUGGUCCUGCGCCGGGGGUACCCCAUGCUCUACAACCCCGACGGCUGCCCAAAACAGCCCCACGCCAUCGCCAUGGACACGCGGGAGCCCGCCCCUCCCCUCGCCACCUCUCAGCCUCAGGGUCAGCAGCCCGCCCACCCGAGCCUUAACGGCGUCCUCCCGCACAUGGACACGUCCUAUCCCAGCAUGCAACCCGGUCACCUGGGCCUUAACGGCGUCCUGCCGCACGCGGACGCGCCCUAUCCCGGCAUGCUGCUGGGCUCGGGCUUGGACGCCAACGGGAACGCCGCCCCGCUCGCCCCCCACGCCCCGCCCUCGUACCCGCACCCCUCCAACGGGACGGGCGUCCCGCUGCCCUCCUCCGGGUCGGUCCGGCCGCCGCCCUCCUCGCUCAAGGGCGUCCCGCCGCCCCCGCCCCCCGAGCGGUCCCUGCCCAAUCACGGCACCAGCGUGGCGAUCUCCGGCACCGGCUCGCUCAGGGCCUCGCUGAUCCGUAACCACAACAACAACUCCCUCCCGGCGCCUCCGCCCCCUCUGCUCCACACCCCCAAAUCACCGGAGAGUGACCUGUCCGCUGCCACGCUGCCCAUCUCCAAGCUGCCCCUCCCGCAGCCCGAAGUGGGAACCUCCCCGGGCGGGGCCCACUCCCGCCUCCUCCAGCUCCAGCCCGCCCCCCUGCUCACGGCCCCGCCCCCCGACGCCCCGCCCUGCAGCUUCAACGGCUGCCCCGGCAACAACAACAACAACGGCGGCAGGACCGGGGGCGGGGCCAGCCCCGGGGGCGUGCCGUCGCCGGGGGCGAUGGGCGGGGGUGGGGCCGGGGCCGGGGUAGGGGGGGAGUUGGUGCCGGUUGCGUUGGGGAGGAGCGAGGGGGGCGGCGGCAUGGGCUUCAGUGUUACGGCGGGGGGGCAGGGAGGCCACCUGGCGCUGGUUAAGAGGGUGUGGGACCGGCGGCAGUGCCCCUCCCUGCAGGCAGGGGACGCCAUCAUCAAGAUCAACGGCGCAGACGUUCAGAGCCUCAGCUUCGCCCAGGUCCAAAGAGUGCUGCAGGAACACACCAAACAAGGAGAAGUGGUUCUGCUGGUCUAUCGAGGAGGUUUACUGUCCUCGCCCAUCUCCCCUAACUCCUCCAAACAGACUCCUCCCCCUCUUCUCCGGCCCCCCCUGCUCUCCCUCACCUCCGAAGGCUCGUCCCCUCCUUCCGACGCCCUGGUCCCUCCCCACACCACCCUCACACCUCCCUCCCCCGCCCUGGACCCCCCCGCCCUGGUGCAGAGCACCAGCUUCCUGGACUCGGUGCCCGUCACUCUCACCCUGGAGCCCCGGGAUUGGCUGGGGGUGGAGGACGGGGGCGGGCCGGCCGAGAGGGGCGCGGCCGCAGGGCCUCUGGGGGCGGGGGCCAGGGGCCCCGAGGACGGGCGAAGCCCGGUGCUGUCCCGGGCCUUCGAGGUGGAACUGCGGAGGAGGCCAGGCGAGGGGUUUGGAUUCGUCAUCGCAUCCCAGGAUGUGGAGAAUGGCCGAGCCUCGUCCCUGCUGCCCCACCGGUUCGUGACGGUGCGGAGGGGCAGCCCCGCGGCUCGGAGCGGCCAGAUCCGUCCAGGGGACCGGCUGGAGGCGGUGGAGGGGCGCUCCGUGGUGACCCUGCCCCACCGGGACCUCGCCCAAAUUCUGCGCCAAGCGGGGAACACCCUCCGCCUCACCAUCAUCCCCCGAGCCAACACCGGCUCCUCCAGGCAGUCAGAGCCCACGGACUUUGACAGCAGUUACAGGACCCGCAAAAACCACAGGUCACGACCCAAGGACUCUCGGUACUACAGUGUGGAUUUGGAGAGGGGUCCCACAGGAUUCGGGUUCAGCUUGCGGGGGGGUUCAGAGUAUAAUAUGGGCCUGUAUGUGCUGGGCCUCAUGGAGGGGGGGCCUGCAUCCCGCUGCCACAAGAUCCAGGUCAGCGAUCAGCUGGUGGAGAUCAAUGGAGACAGCACGGCUGGCAUGACCCACAGCCAGGCUGUAGAGCAGAUCCGCCGGGGCGGACACCGCAUACACCUGGUGCUAAAGAAGGGGAACGGAUACGUGCCUGACUACGGCCCUGAGCUCGGAGCAGCCCCCCCCUCCUCUUCCCCGUACCCCGAGGAGUCGGGUGUGGCUGCAGUAGAGGGCCCCGACGGCCUCGCCAGGAAGAGUCGGAGGUCAAAGGUGAAACAGAAGAGAGGGGGGGGGACCGGAAAGGGGAAGGGGAAGAGGAAGGGGGGCGGCUCGGGAGGACGGGGCAGGAGCAGGGGGCGGACCCCGGACACCGACCCGGAGGCGGAGGCGGGGGAGAGAGACGGGCGGAGCAGCAGGGGGCGGAGGUCGAGGUCGGCAGGGACACACAGCUUGCCCCGGGGCGCGCCCAGCAGCCGGGGGGGCGGGAGCGAGGCGGGGGGGGAGGAGCCGGAUUCAGGGAGGGAGACGGAGAGGGGGAGGAGGAGGGGCAGGGAGAGGGGGAGGAGGGUGAAGGGAGCCAGAGAGGAAGAGGAGGAGAAUGGGAAAGCGAGCGAGGAGGAAGAGGCGGAGCGCCUGGCCAGCCUCCCCAUCCCGAGCCAGAGGCUGCCCAGGCCCAAAUCGGCCCGGGGCGGUGCAGGGGCGGAGCAGACGGCCGGAGCACCCCCGCCGGCCCCUGACCGGGCCCCUGACCGGGCCCCCUUCUCCUUCCUCAUGUCCCUGGACCCGGAGGCCGCCGAGUCCGACUCCGGGGCCAGCCUAUCGGAGGCCAGCGUUUCUGGGGCCAGCCUAUCGGAGGCCAGCGUUUCGGGGGCCAGCGUUUCGGGCCUGUCCCUCGCCGAGGCCGCCGCCCUGCCGGAGUGGUGGAAAUGGAGGGCCCCGGAUCGGGCGCAGAGCCCCCUGCGUCCCGGCCCCUGGCUCAAACCCAGCACCCUGAAACUGAGUCAGGUCAGGGAGGGGAGCAGGCCCACGAGGAGAGGGGGGCGGGCUGUAACACCAGUGCACCUGCGAAACUCACCGUGACGACCGUUUAAAUGAGGACCAAGGCAUUCUGCUCCAAGCGGCAGGUUAGAAUACUGUGAGGAACCCACUAAAUGUGCUGCUGUGAACUUCCAGCUUAACUGUUGCCAAUUUUCUCACGUCUGGGUGAACUGCUACUGCCAUCUAGAGGAUGCUAGCGAGAUAGCGUGCUGAUUUUUAUAAUGGUCCUGCUAUCCUCUGCAGGCACCAUUCGAACAUCAGCCACUUCCUGAUGGCUCUUCGCAGUCACAUAUCUCUCCUCAUAUAUGCAUAUAUAUACAGUAUAUUACUGUGAAUACAGUUUCACAUCACAAAUUCAUUCAUGUUGAUUUUUAUGUAAAUUGUUUUUUAUAAAAGUUCCUGAGGGGGGUGGGGUAUAUUUGAAUCAUGUGAAUGAGCUUGAAGCAAAAUUAUGAUCUAAGGAUGACUGUGAAUUAAGCUCUAAAAGUGCAGUUAACAUUUAUAUUUUAAUCCUUAAUUUUUCAUGCUUCAUUUACUUUAAUCUUUUGCCACUAGCACCAUUUUUAUUAGCAUUUUAUCAAAAAUCUUUCUCAAUUUGUUAGUCAUGAAAGUUGAAAGUCCUUUUGAGUAAUUUGAAAGUAAUUUCCAGAAUAUACACAAUAUUUAUGUUGAAUACCGUUAAAACAUUUUUUUACGGAUUGACACAUUCUGGCUUUUAAACUACAGAUGGUUUAAUUGCCUUCACGUCACAAAGUUUCACUACAAACGUAAUUAGGACUGAAAUGCUUAUAUGCCAGAUAUUUAUUUGUCUGGCAUACACUCCAUCAUUGGUUACCUUCUGCUGUUAAAAAAAAAACAAGUAAACAGAGUUUAUUCUCCUCUCUAGAUUAGCUGUUAUAGCCUGCCUCCGUCUCCCCCCUCCCUAAUGAGGCGGCUUUCCAUUCAAAAGUCUGUCGGGAACAGCACAGGGCCUGUCGAGUGUAAACUCACACGGUGGAUCGAGGAGAACCGGGCGCAAAAAAAAGACUCCGCUAGUUCUCCUCGAUCCACUGCGCCGGUUAGCGCUCGACUGUUCUCAACAGACUUUUGAAUGAAACGGCGCCUCCAUACUCCCUGCUUUCCUCUGCCGCGCGGACCUUCCACCGCUCCGCAGUCUCCCUCUCCCUCCUCCUCCUCUUCUCCGUCGCUCAUACCGUACUUCCGCUUUACGUUCCCCCUCUCCCUCGUGCCGCCCGUCCGCUCCAGGUUCAGACGGGGCAUGGCGGAACUUUUGCGAUGCAGGUCUUCUAUGCAUUUCUCUCUGCAAGACGACGUGCUGGUGUCUGUACCAGUGACAGGGAAUUAUCAUUGUGUGCUGUUAAACACCCUGGCUUUCAAAGUCUUGGAGUCGCCGGCAAGCGGGUGGGCGAGCGAGCGAGCGAGCGAGAGAGCUUCGUACUGUAAACACGGGAAAGACAGCCAAUAUUUAACAUUAAGUGCAUAUGACUCAUGAUAUUUUUACCUCAUUCCUCUUAGCAAUAAUGCGCCAGAGCCCCACCGGUGUGAAGUGUGCACGGUGUAGCUUCCGGGAGCACCCUACAUUUAAAAAAACCAGAGGUUACAGAGCUGAACGGAAUGUUCCGGGGUGCAUUCCUUUAGAAUGAACCCGUAAGGUAGUAGGACGAAGCCUGUUUUGCAUUUUCAGGCAUUUCUAUACAGUAUAAAAGUUCCCCUGUGGACUCCAUUCAUUUGACCGCCAGCGUGUCUAUGUGUAUAUAAAUAUGUAUUUGUAUGAAAAACAAAGGGCAAAAGACUAGUUACUAUGUUUUAUGCAUUUGUGAUUUGUGUACAGACGGGGUGUAAGGAGAAGAGUAGAUAGCACUGUUAAUAGUGCGGGACUGACGGACAUGUUUAUUCACCACUGCAAGCAUGCCAGCACGGCCCCCUUCUUGCAUAUAAAACAGGCUUAAUAUUUGGUAAACGGGACAAACGCAGAAGCCUGGAGGGGUUCGGUGUAGCUGAUUAGCCCCCGUCCAGCCGGUCCGCAUAACCAUAUCAAGAAAGGCUCUGGAGAAAUGUUUUGACUCUAUCUCGCCAUAUGCUAAAAUCCACAUACAUCCAAACCCAUGACCAUCAGAAACAAAAGCCAAUUUAUAACUGUACCUUGAUCUUUUCUUAAGGUUUACUUCUGUGCAACCAGGUUAAUGACAUGACUGAGUCAGUAUCUAAUAAUGGCAAGAUAUAUUUUCCUUUUAGUGUUACGCAGGGGGACGAAAUUAACACCUCUGGUUAUGAAUAUGAAUAUGUUUUUUCGAAGUAUUACUAAAGUAAAAAAAACAACAAUCGGUUUCUAAAGAUUGGAAUUAAAGGAAUGCUUCUUAUUGUGGCAACCAGUCUGCCUAUUGGAAAAAUGUGAUAUUUGGAAUGCAAAAUGUAUUUUAAUGUAUUUAAAUGGCUGCAUUUAACUCCUUGCUCUUCUAUUGCAUAUUGUAAUGUACCUUAUAAAAAUGUAAUGACUUGCUAAUGGGAACGAUGUUGUAUAUAAGCCCACUCAAAAAAAAUUUAUGUUUUCCAGAGUUGGUCACACGAGAGGGUUUUGGUAUUUAAAAAAAAAACAGUGCAGGACAGAGCAGCAAGUGUGCUCUGUACUGGGCUCUCAGCUGUAGUGCACGAGACUGCAGCUCUGUUCACACAUUAAACACAGGGAGGAGGGACAGUUUCCCAGCUGGACUGGGGCAGUUUAGCACCAGUGCUGGGGCAAAUGUUGUUAGCUCUGUGAAAAUGUCCAAGGAUCAUAUCUCCCAGUGAGUGCCGGACUAUUUGAAUAGGUCUGAAUCUGAGAUUUCUGUGCGCAAGAUACCAGACUGUACAGGGAAGCCACCGUUUUCGAGCCAGUGGCCACCUUGACUUUUCAUGUCAAUGGCUGUAUGUAUAUAAACUCUAUACUAUAAAUGCAGAUGUACAGGUUUUUUUUUUUUUUUUUGGAUUAUAUUAUGGUUUUGUUUUCUUGAAUGCAUCAACAGGGAAUUUUGGAAAGUGAACGACUAAAAUACAGAUGUUGAAGAACAAUAAAGUAAUUAACAAGAGAA